GUCUUCAAAUACUCUUAGUUUGCUCUUCCUAACUGAUAGUUGUUUUAUCUUUAAUUUCAGGUCCAAAAUUCUGGGAGAAAUUUAUCCACGUUUUUCCAUUUAUCCAAAUGUCUCUAGACAAGUCGGAGGAGGAGUUAUUGAAACCAGUUGAAACUCCGAGUCCUGUCAAAUAUGUCCUAUGUUCAACAGGGCAAUCACCGCCAGCAAAUGCUGUUCAAGGUGGAUAUGAUAACGGACCAUCUUACCACGGGAGAGGAAUUGUUUCUGGGAAAAAUAUUCCAGGCAAGGUCGGAGUAGAUUCGCCUAGAAAUGGCGGUUUGAAAGGGGCGUGCAUUCCUUACGGAUCAAAAGAGCACCGCGUCCACACAUUCGAGGUGCUCACAUCAACAUUGAAAACAUCCUAUGUGAGAUGCAAAACUGGUGACAAGCCACCAAAAAAUGCUAUGGAAGGAGGCUACGAUGGAGGUCCUUCAUACCAUGCAAGGGGCGUAGUUGCAGGAAAGAUGAUUCCUGGAAAAGUUGGAGUGGAUAAGAAAUACGAUGGGAAUCUUAAGGGAGCAUGCAUCCCCUACGGUAGCAAGGAGCACCGCAUUCACGAUUUUGAAGUUCUUGUUUUAAAUGAUGAUGAGAUAAUAAAUGAUGAUGAGAUAAUCCGUGUCGAAUACAAAGUUGACGAAGCAAAAUGCUUUCUACGACUCCGAAGGUAA